AAUGUGUGGUUCCUUUGGUUUGCAGGCCCAAGAAGCACACCUGGGAAGGAAGAUGCAUUGCAGACUCCUGUGCCAAUUCCUGUGGCUUUGGCCCUACCUGUUCUGCCUUGAAGCUUUGCCCAUCCACAAGGUCCAGUAUGACACCAAAACCCUCAUCAAAACAAUUGUCACCAGGAUCAACGACAUCUCACACACGCAGUCAAUCUCCUCCAAACAGAGGAUCACUGGUUUGGACUUCAUUCCUGGGCUCUACCCUGUCCUGACUUUGUCCAGGAUGGACCAGAUGUUGGCGAUCUACCAACAGAUCCUCACCAGCCUGCCUUCUGGAAAUGUGACCCAAAUAUCUAAUGACUUGGAUAACCUCCGGGACCUUCUCCACACGCUGGCCUCCUCCAAGAGCUGCCCCUUCCCCCGAGCCAGGGGUCUGAAGACCUUGGAGGACCUGGACGGUGUCCUGGAAGCCUCACUCCACUCUGCGGAAGUGGUGGUCCUGAGCAGGCUGCAGGGGUCUCUGCAGGACAUGCUACAGGAGCUGGACUUCAGCCCUGAGUGCUGAAACCUGGAAGGCUGAGAGACAGCCUAUGUGGACAUUGCUCAUCCGGGCCUCCAGUCCCUUUCUCCCUCACUCCUCCAAGCCUCCCUCCCGAAGGUCAGCUCUGCCUGGGCUUGGCCACAGCCAGCCACCAGUUUAUUCAGGCAAAAGGAUCCCCGAAGACCACCAGGGCAGACAACACGAGCACAUGCUGCCCGAGUGAGGGUGGGUCUGCAAAUCAGCCUUAAGAAGCACUAAGUUUAUAAAUAAAUGAAUAAAUAAAUAAAAUCCAAACAAACCAACCAAGACAUGUGACUCAAUAACAAUCUCAACCAGAUACACAGACUUGAAAAGACGGAACUUUUCUUCUUGUGAGCGUAGUGCAUUAAUGCAGUACACUAAGGCCUCAGAGUUUCAACCCAAGUCCUGGGGCGGACUCGGGGGCUGGCCCAUCCAAGGAAGUCACUUCCGUGGGUGAUUUCAAGAGACCCCUAUCCCAAACAUCUUGCUGAUUACUCUGGAGAUUUAAUGAGACAAUGACCCAGCACAGUGUCUAGUUCACAGCAGAUAUAAGUGGACCUCCUUCCCUUCACCUCACAAUUAGCAACAGGCUUUAAAUGUCACUGACCCGGCACCAGGAGCACAUGGACACAAACUCACCUUUGGUGUAGAUGACAGAGGCCAUGUCCUCCCUGUACACUAGCUCAGGUGGAGGAAGAAGGGGAGACCCAUGAGAAGGGACGGUCAGCUGUGGCAGAAGCGGCCUAAAUGGGUCACUUGGCAGCUGGGGGAAGUGGCUGGCGUCUGUAUCAGUCAAGACUGCUUGAGCUGCCUGUGACAGAAACUCAAGGCAAACAAAUACAAAAA